CGGGUCACCAAAUAGAUACUGUUGGGACUCAAAAUACUACUAUCUCAGUAAAUUUCUCCACAAACUAUUUGAUGUUUUAACCGAUUUUGCCGCUACAUUAACCACCCCAACCUUUUUUCUUGCUCUUUUGUUCUGUCUCUCGACCCAAUAAAAGACACUUUCUUCUUUUGCAUUAGGGUCCAAGACCAAAUCCGAUCUGAUAGUCAUUUGCAAGAGAUCAUUGUGGGAAAAAAUGGGUGAGGUUUCAUGGCCAACUCCAGAAGAGCUGCAGUUAAAUGCAAUAAGAAAGACUGUUUCAGAAAUGUCUGGGAGAGGUGUUGAAGAAGUUCAAAUUGCUAUCUCUCCUUAUCGGAUUUGUCCAUUGGGAGCUCAUAUCGAUCAUCAGGGUGGGGCUGUUUUGGCCAUGACAAUUGAUAAAGGAAUACUUUUAGGGUUCGUUCCUUCUGGUGACACUCAGGUUGUACUGCGUUCAGGACAGUUUAAAGGAGAAGUUAGGUUCAGAGUUGAUGAAACACAGCACCCAAGACACAGCGUUGGGAAGAAGGGUGAGAUCCUUGCAGAUGAUUCAUCCAAAUUACAAGAAGAAUGUAAUUGGGGAAAUUAUGCUAGGGGGGCCCUAUAUGCACUAACCAGUAGAGGAAAUAAGAUUACCCAGGGUAUCAUAGGAUACAUAAGUGGUUCUGAAGGUCUUGACAGUUCAGGACUUAGCUCUUCUGCUGCUGUUGGCAUAGCUUACUUGUUGGCAUUGGAAAGUGCAAAUCACUUAACGGUAUCUCUCACAGAAAAUAUUGAAUAUGAUUGGUAUAUUGAAAAUGAAUAUUUGGGUCUGAGAAAUGGCAUCUUGGAUCAAUCAGCCAUCUUGCUUUCAAGCCAGGGUUGUCUAACAUUCAUGAACUGCAAGACCAAAGAACAUAAGCUUGUACACCCACCCAAGCUGCCAAAAACCCACAAAACUGAGUCGCAGAAAGCAUACAAAAUAUUAUUGGCAUUUUCAGGCUUGAAGCAGGCUUUGACUACCAACCCUGGAUAUAAUCGCCGAGUUGCAGAGUGUCAAGAGGCUGCAAGAAUUAUUCUCAAUGCUUCUGGAAACAACAAAAUGGAGCCUAUCCUAUCAAAUGUUCAACCAGAAGAUUAUGAAGCUCACAAGAGCCAAUUAGAACCCUAUCUAGCUAAAAGAGCAGAGCAUUAUUUUUCAGAGAAUAAGCGGGUUAUCAAAGGAGCUGAAGCUUGGGCUUCAGGCAAGUUGGAAGAUUUUGGAAAGCUUGUUUCAGCGUCGGGUUUAAGUUCUAUCAGUAAAUAUGAAUCUGGUUGUGAACCACUAAUUCAACUGUACGAAAUCCUUUUGAGGGCUCCCGGCGUGUUUGGGACACGGUUUAGUGGGGCUGGAUUUAGAGGCUGCUGUCUUGCAUUUGUAGAUGCUGAUCGUGCCGAUGAAGCUGCUUCAUUUGUCAGGGAGGAAUAUCGCAAGGUUCAACCAAAGUUGGCUAGCCAAAUAAACGACAAAGAGGUAAUGAUAUGUGAAGCAGGAGAUUGUGCACGUGUGAUCUGAAAUACAUAUUCAUUAACCACUAGUUCUUCUAUUCUUUUUUUAAGUUUGAAUAAGUGCAUUGAUGCCAUUUGUUGUAAUUUUUUUUUUAGCUGGGAAUGCCAUAUGUUGUAUUUUUUUAGCUGGGAAUGCCAUUUGUUGUAUUUUUUAGCGGGGAAUGCCAUUUGUUGUAUUGAAUAAUUGAAUAUCCAAUUUUUUCAUAUAUAAAAUAAAAUAAGAAGACAUCUUGUGUUGUUUGAAA